GGUACCACAUAAACUAUCUAGUCCCUCACCAAUAUCUAAGCGUUGGGAACAUGAUAAAUAUAACGACAACCAGGAUGAUGGUCCAUCAAUUGAGGAAAUAGAUGAAAUAAUUAACAAAGCUCAAAAAGAACGCAAACAGGAGAUUAUAAACCGUGAUAAGGAUAUAUUGAAGAAACGUAAUUAAUAACAUUAGUAUUAUGGUAUCUAUUGUAUUAUGCAUCAAUAAAUCGCAUGUUGCGAUUGAAAUUUUUUAA